AUGGGUCCACAAGCUUUUCAAGGUUUGUGUGACAUUUUGCGGAGAGAUGGUGAUCUUCAUGACACACAGCGUGCCACAGUUGAAGAGCAAGUUGAGGAUCAAUUCCUUCGACAACCUGAUGGAACCCAAGUGCCACUUGAAAUACUACAAAGUAGUAGGUUCUACCCAUAUUUUAAGGAUUGUAUUGGGGCACUUGAUGGAACACAUGUUCGUGUCAAUUUGUCUAAUGAGGAUGCACCAAGAUAUCGGGGUAGGAAGGGUUACACAACACAAAAUGUGUUGGCAGCAUGCUCAUUUGAUUUAAAAUUCACAUAUGUAUUACCAGGUUGGGAAGGAACUGCUUCUGAUUCAAGAAUAAUAAAGAAUACUUUAACUAGAAACGAUAACUUGAAAAUCCCACAAGGUAAAUAUUAUCUUGUUGAUGCGGGAUACAUGAAUAGAAGUCGUCUGAUUGCACCUCAUAGGGGAGUGCGUUAUCAUUUAAAAGAGUACUUUGUUCGUCCCCUUGAAAAUGCUAAAGAAUUGUUUAAUUUGCGACAUGCAUCAUUGCGUACUGCUAUUGAAAGAGCAUUUGGUGUACUUAAAAAGAGAUUUCCUAUCAUAGCAAGUACUAUAGAGCCUAAUUAUUGUGUUGACACACAAAAUGAAAUCAUUUUAACAUGUUGCAUACUUCAUAAUUAUUUAAUGGGUGUCGAUCCUGAUGAAAGUCUUAUUGCUGAAGUUGAUGAAGAGGUUUUGCAUUCUCAUCGUGAACGUGUGGCCCCUACUUCAAGAGAAGAUGAUGAGGAUGCUAGGCAAGGAGAUAUUAUAAGAGAUUCUAUAGCAUUAGCCAUGUGGCAAAACUAUGUCCAAAUGUGA